AUGAUGGGCGAAACGCAAGAGAAAUCUACCGGUACGGCCGUCAUCAUUGGCGAGCGACUCAACGUUCGCCAAAUACCAGCGCACCUCCUGUCUGGACUCCUGGGCUUCGUUCUCAUGCUGGUGCUCGCCGCAAUUGCACUAGCGCCAGCAAAGGGCUUUCUGCCCCGCGACCCAAAUACCAUCAUCAACAUGGCUACCCUUCUCGCUCACAGCCGCCAGCUUCUUCAGUGUCUGCGCGGCACGGGUGCCGCCGACACAUCGAUCGUGCGGGAGAAGCUGCUCGGCACGAACUACUACACCGGUGUCGAGCCCUACGAAAAGGCAGAAAAGGAGGCAAGGGGAUAUUUCAAGAUCUUUGGCGGUGCUCCGCCCCCUCAGAACCAGCCGCCCGAAUUUGUGCGAAACGCGGACUGGAAGCACCCGUUGCCGCUGCACCCAUGGACCAGGCUCGCCGCCGUGGUGACUAUGAUUGGCAUGAUUGUCGCCCUUGAGGUUGUGCUUCGCAUAUCUAAUGCACAUGCGGGCAUCGCGACGACAAAGGCUAAUACCGAUCGCCACUUUCUAUGGACGACAGGGACUGGUGUCAUUUUCGGUCUUGUGGUGCUUUACCUCGCUGCCGCAGACUGCGCGACACGAUGUCUAGCGCCGUACGCGAAGCUCAAAGAAGGGGGAUCCUUUGAGACGACAGUUCACCUUGACUUCAUGGACAAGUCCAAGCAUAGAAUUCUGUUCGAUGCUGUCAAGACACAAAACAUCGCCGUCGCUUUCACCACCACCGCUCUAAUCGUCGCGUCGCUCCUGGCGACCUUCUCAGGUGCCCUCUAUAGUACGACACCGAUCCCAUCUUCGCGGCCAGUAAAACUUCAGACUCUCGACAGCUUCAUCAAUGCGUCCGCGCCUUGUCCGACCUGCACCACCGAUACUCUCCUGGCCUCCUUGAUCCUCGAUGCGAACCUGACUUUCCCGUCCUUUACCUUUGAGGACCUCAACUUCAACAGCCUGCAACUUUCGGAACCCCUCGACAUGAAAGAUGGCGCCGGCACGAUUAUCGCCACGGUCCCUGCCCUUCGCUCGCGGCUCGACUGCAGACUCUAUCCGCAAUCCGAGAUCAACACAAACUUUACUGUCCCCGACAUACCGAAUCAGUUCUCGCAGAAUAUGAAGGUCAACAUCGCUGGGGAGCCUUGUCUCGACCCUUCAGUCCGGUCCAACGCCGUCUUACCACCGGGGGUGUCUCCCUCGUCCGUCUUCGGCGUCGCCACACCACGGUCUGCUGCUUCGUCACAGUGCUCCGAUUUCACCUACGUCUGGGGUCAACUCUCUGAUACUACCCCUAUGCAAGUGGGCUACAUCUCAGCCUUGGGCUGCAACGAGACGCUCGAGACUGUCACGGCCAAGAUCCGCCUCACGGGCACCUCGCUGCACGUGGACACCACCUACCCGCCCGUCGUCCAGGAAAACACCGCCAAGCCAAUCAAGCUCAGGCUGCUUCCACUGCAGUACGGACUCCUGGCCAACCUGACCACGGGCAACCAGCUCGACCCCUUCUUCAGCUCCCUCGUCACAUCGCGAUUCGCGGUACCCGCGGGGAACCUGGGCGAUCCGGGCCUGGGCAAGAGCGGUCUCGUGGCGGACGCCAUUGUUCGGCAGCACGGCAUCCUGCGCGCCCAGAACCUCAACGUCAACUCCCGCCGUCGCCUACCUGAUAUCACGGCACAGCAAACCAUCCCCGCCAUGUUGGAGUCGACGUCCGUCACCUCACUGCGGCGCCUGGUGCAGGAUAACGCCUCGACGCGCAUCAUCCAGUCCGUGCUCGGUCUUCUCAUCGCCCUGACGCUCGUGGCGUGGCUCCUCAUGCCCGGUACGGAUACCAUACUUCCGCGGAACCCGUGUAGUAUCGCCUCUGUGGCGGCACUGCUGGCCGACGGCAAUGUCUUUGGGUUUUUGGGACGUGGAGCGGAGUGGCAGGCGACGGAGGAGAUGAAGCGCAGUUUCUUGGAUGGGAGCCAUUCUAUGGGAUUCAAGAUUGGGUACGAGCGGGUGAGGAAGCGGAGGGGCGCGGAGGAUGUAAACGGGAUUAGAGGAGACGGGGAUAUGGCGUAUGGCAUCAACGUCAAGCGCGGGGGUGGGUGGGGUGGAGGUGAGGAUGUUGGGCUUGGGAUCUUGGCGAGGGUGAAUGGGGCGCAGAGGGGGUUUGUUAGGGGAUGGGGAAAGAUGUGAGCU